UUAUAACCCGCGACUCGCCCCCGACAGAGCCGACUCGACUCGACUGGACCCGCGGCUCGGCUCUCACCUGCGACCCCGCCAGCAGCGACAUGACCACCUACACGGACAAAGGCGAGAAGCACGCGCGUGGGAAAUACCUGAACUUUGACCACGUGACGCUAUGGGUGGGAAACGCCAAGCAGGCGGCCACGUUCUACUGCACGCGCCUGGGCUGCGAGGCGCUGGCUUACCGCGGCCUGGAGACGGGAAGCCGCGAGGUCGUGACGCACGUGGUGCGGCAAGACAAGAUCAUCUUCGUCUUCCAGUCGGCGCUCAACCCUGGCAAUAAGGAGAUGGGCGCGUUCGCGGAGAAGCACGGCGACGCGGUGAAGGACGUGGCCUUCACGGUGGAGGACUGCGACGCCCUGGUGCAGGUAGCGCGGGAGCGCGGCGCCCACAUCGUGAAGGAGCCGUGGGUGGAGGAGGACGAGUUCGGCACGGUGAAGUUCGCCGUGCUGCAGACGUACGGGGACACGACGCACACCCUGGUGGAGAGGAGCGCCUACAAGGGGCUCUUCCUCCCGGGGUUCCAAGCUCCCCUCAUCCGGGACCCCAUGCUGCCCACACUGCCUCUGUGUCACCUGCACUUCAUCGACCACAUCGUGGGGAACAUGCCCGAGGAUAACAUGGAGUCCGUGGUCGAGUGGUACCACCGGAACCUCCUGUUCCACCGGUUCUGGUCGGUGGACGACAAGCAGGUGCACACGGAGUACAGCUCGCUGCGCUCCAUCGUCGUCUCCAACUACGAGGAGACCAUCAAGAUGCCGAUCAACGAGCCUGCCGUCUCCAAGCGCAAGUCCCAGAUCCAGGAGUACGUCGACUACAACGGUGGCGCCGGCGUGCAGCACAUCGCCCUCAACAGCUCCGACAUCAUCACGUCGAUCGUCAACCUGAAGAAGCGUGGCAUGGAGUUCAUGUCGGUGCCAGACACGUACUACGAUCUGCUGUGUGAGAAGCUCGCUUGCGCCAAGAUCAAGGUUGUCGAGGACCUCGACAAGCUGCGGGAACUGAAAAUCCUCGUGGAUUUCGACGACAAGGGAUACCUGCUGCAAAUCUUCAGCAAGCCCAUGCAGGACCGCCCAACGCUCUUCCUGGAGGUCAUUCAGCGCCACAACCACCAGGGUUUCGGAGUUGGGAAUUUCAAGUCGCUGUUCGAAGCGAUCGAAGCCGACCAGAACGCACGCGGAAACCUCACCAUCACCACGGCUGACGGCGGCUGCGACCGAUUGAACUGAUCCCGACGCGUCUCCGCACAUCCCGUGCAACCGUGCCACGGCGAGCCACGCCAAACCACGCCGAACCACAUUGAACCAUAUCGAACCAGGGUGAGCCACAUUGAACCACACCCGAACCAGGGCAAGCCACCACCCCAAACCAGGGCGAGCCACGCCAAACUGCGUUGGGCCACGCUGGAUCCACUCCAAGCCAUGCCGGAAAGCGGCGAGGCCACGUUCCGUAGCGCACACCGCACCGCCGCGAUCCCCAUCGCCGCCCGGCGCGUGGCCCGGUGCCACGAUGCCGCUCAGGGCUUCGUUUCAGCCGGCUCUGUCCGGGUCGGCGACCCAUAAACAUAUUUCCGCUCCGGGCAUUCCACCUCCAGUAUACCUUUUGCUGUGGCUACGGGUUCUGUGCCAACCUAAGGCUGGUUUCUUGGCGACCCAGAACAUAUCAGGUAAUGUUUCAUGGCGUUAAUUGAUGAUAAGGCAAUUUGAUUUAGCAUUUUUUUUAAUGAAAUUUUUUUAAACAAAAAAUAUCGCAUGCCAGUACGUGAUGGUGGAUAGUGAAAUUUAAGCAAUGGAAUUACCAAACGAAAAUAAAAUUUCUAAAAUUAAA